AUGAAGAAAUCGAGGUACAACGGAAAAAAACACGUGACCUAUAAAAAUGAACUACAAUGUGAUGAUUAUGAUCGUAUCGAAAAUGAAAUAUAUGAAUGUUUCGAUGCUCUUGUUAAUGAUGCAAGAGAAAUAAUGAUUGGAUUAGAUUCUAUAUCUUCAUUACAACAUGUUUUAAUAACUUCAAUGAGAAUUUGUAUUGAAUCAAAUUUUAAACUGGAAAUUCGUACUGGACUUGGUGGAACAAGUGAUUCACUUACUUUGCGUACACCAUCUUAUGCUGUUGCAGGUAUUGAUCUAUUACGUCGUCUAAUACAACUGCAAAAAAAAUUUGAACAACCUCCAAUCACUCAAGAAAAUAUUCCAACAAGAAUAUUGAAUAGUCCUCCAGUACUGACAUUUUUCAGUGCUUGGACAGCUGCAGUUCGAGUAAAUAAUCUCGAUGCUAAUAUUGGUAGAGAACAUGCACGGAAGAUGUUAUCAUAUAUAAAAAAGUAUAUUGAUAAUUAUCAUCCAAACUUAACUCAACAUAUUCGAUAUGAAAUGGAUCAUGAAAAUACUUAUGAAGAUACAUUAUUAAAUUAUAUUAUUGCUCAUUAUGUUCAUAAUUAUACAGAUCAACAGAUAAGACAACAAUUGAUUACUCAAGCAAUAAGUCGUGGUAGUAAUGAAGAUGGUUCUACUAGAUAUACAUCAAUGCACUUAAUUAUAUUCAAAGAUAUAAUUGAUAAGCAAUCUUCACAACAAUUAUUUCAUUUAUUAGAUGAAACUCAAAAUAAUGAAUCAACAUGUUUAUAUGAUUGUGUAAUUACAAUCGGUGGAUCAGUUGAAAAACGAUUUAAUGAAGUACGUUAUGCAAUUCGACAAGUUUUUAUCAAUGAUCCAGAAUUAGGUAAAGAACAGUAUCAUUUUCCUUUAUCAAUUCGAAUGUUAUCACAUGCUGGACAAACUCCUGUAUAUUAUCAUCAUAGACCAUAUGAAAUUACAGUUGAUGAUAUUUUAAAUAGUCAUAUUACUGAUAUAAAUAUAUCUCAUGACAUAUAUCGUGGUAUUAAAGAAGAUCUGUCAAUAUUAAUAGAAGAUAUUGGUAUAAGUGAAUUGAAAUCAAUUUGUACUCAUAUACAUAAUUUAGGAUCACAUGAUAUAUCAUCAUGGAAAAAUACUGUAUCAACUUUAAUUGAUUCAUGUUUAGAUAUUUGA